AUGGCCACAACGCCAGCAGGCCGCAUGCUGUCCCGACAGCUGCAGCAGAUGCAGUCUGAUAAAGAUAUCCCGGGGAUUAGCUGUGGACUCGUCGAUAAUAAUGUAUUUGAGUGGGAGGUGAUGCUCAUGAUCUCGGACGAUGUGAAGCUAUACGGCGGGGGCUUCUUCCGGGCUCGCCUGUCCUUUCCCCAGGACUACCCUCACAUGCCACCGAAGAUGAAGUUUGAGUCUCCUCUGUUCCACCCUAAUAUCUACCCCAACGGCGAAGUCUGCAUCUCCAUCCUGCACCCCCCGGAGGAAGACAAAUACGGCUAUGAGUCCGCCGCAGAACGCUGGUCGCCCGUGCAGACCCCUGAGACGAUCCUUCUCUCCGUGAUUUCCAUGCUGUCUAGCCCGAACGACGAGAGCCCGGCGAACGUGGAAGCAGCGCGUCUGUGGCGGGAGGAUCCCAAGGAGUUCAAGAAGCGGGUGCGCAAGUGCGUCCGGGAGAGUCUGGGUGAGGAGUAA